UUUAUCCAGUCAUUGCCAGUCUGCAGUUGCCAUUCCACCAUGCUGUCCAGAAUACAGAUUCAUCGUCGCUCACACUCGGCUGUUUCUUUCUUGUCUACGCCCAUUUCUAAAUCUGCUCAAAUCAGUCGUACUCCUUUACUUGUUAGAUUCAAUGGAACUCAAUCUGCUAUUCUUGGCAAGGCUGACAUUUCAGAAUCGCCUCUUUUUGACAAGAUCUUGAUUGCCAAUCGAGGUGAAAUUGCAUGUAGAGUUAUGCGCACCGCUAAACGUCUGGGCAUCAAAACCGUUGCGGUCUUUUCUGAGCCAGAUCGUAAUUCCAUGCACGUUCAAAUGGCUGAUGAGGCUUACUGUAUUGGUCCUGCUGCAUCUUCCGAGUCAUAUCUUCGUACAGACAAGAUCUUGGAUAUUGCCAAGCGCAGUCAAAGCUUGGCCAUUCAUCCUGGAUAUGGAUUUCUUUCUGAAAAUGCUGGAUUUGCUGAUGCUGUUGCCUCGUCUGGCCUCUCUUUUAUUGGUCCUCCUGCACAAGCCAUUAUUGACAUGGGAUCCAAAAGUGCAUCCAAAUACAUUAUGCAAGAUGCCAAAGUCCCUGUUGUACCUGGCUACCACGGUGAAAAUCAAGAUCCUGCUUAUUUGAAAUCAGAGGCAGACAAAAUGGGUUAUCCGGUGUUGAUUAAAGCUGUAAAAGGCGGCGGUGGCAAAGGUAUGCGUAUUGUUCAAUCUGCCGACGAGUUUUACGAAAUGCUCGAGUCUUCCAAACGCGAGGGUCUCAAAUCAUUUAGUGAUGACAAGGUUCUAGUGGAAAAGUACAUUACCCGACCUCGUCAUGUUGAAGUUCAAGUAUUUGCCGACAAGUAUGGAAAUGCUGUGUAUCUGUUUGAAAGAGAUUGCAGUGUUCAGAGACGUCACCAAAAGAUUCUUGAAGAAGCUCCAGCUCCUGGUUUGUCAUCUGAGCUUCGUGAAUCUUUGGGAACAAAAGCUGUUGCUGCAGCCAAGGCUGUCAAUUAUGUCGGUGCAGGUACUGUCGAGUUUAUUCUGGACACUGAUACCAACGAGUUUUAUUUUAUGGAAAUGAACACUCGUCUACAAGUCGAGCAUCCCAUUACAGAAAUGGUCACUGGCACAGAUCUAGUUGAAUGGCAAUUGCGUGUUGCUGCUGGACGUCCACUUCCCAAGAUGCAACACGAACUACAGUUGAACGGACAUGCUUUUGAAGCACGUAUUUAUGCAGAAAAUCCUGAUAAAGACUUUUUGCCUGACACUGGAAAGCUGAUUCAUCUUCGCACCCCCAAGACUUCUGAUAAGCUUCGUGUUGAAACUGGUGUUCGUCAAGGAGAUGAAGUCAGUGUUCAUUAUGAUCCUAUGAUUUCCAAGCUAGUUGUGCACUCUGAGGAUCGUACAGAAGCUUUACGUGUUUUACGCAAGGCACUUGGUGAAUUUGAAGUUGUUGGGCCACAUACCAACAUUGAGUUUAUCAAAAGUCUUGCUUCUCAUCCCGCCUUUAUUGCUGGAGAUGUAGAGACUGGUUUUAUUCAGAAACACAAGGACACCUUGUUCAAGCCAAAAGGACCUGCAGAACAUUUAGUUCUUGCUCAUGCGGCCUUGUUUUUAGCUGGACGAGAGAAACAGGCACAAGCUGAUUAUUCAGCAUCAGCCAAGAGUGAGCCUGAAUCUCCAUGGGCCAAACUUUCUGGUUUGCGUCUUAAUGGUGUUUCAUCUCGAGACUUUACCUUUUUAGAAAACAAGGAAGACAAGCAAAACAUCAGCGUGACUAUGGAGACUCUUGGUGGAAAUACUCAUGCUAUCAAGAUUGUUGACUGCGCUGGAGCUGCUCAUCAAGUUGGUAUGUGCCAAAUUGUAACCAUGACCGAGCACAAUGGAUCAUUUGAUCUUGUAUCUGAUAUUGGUGAGCGUCGGAUUAGUGCUCGUGUUGUUCAACCUGACGAGGAGACAUUGCAUGUAUUUGUAGAUGGUACUCGCCAUGUGGUUUAUAUUCCACUUCCAGCAUACCGUCAAAAUGAGAGUAACGAAGGUGGUCAUGGCAGUGUUGUAACACCUAUGCCGUGCAAGAUCUCACAGGUGAUGGUUAAAGUGGGCGAAACUGUCAAGGCAGGUCAACCCCUCAUGAUUCUGGAAGCCAUGAAGAUGGAGCAUGUGAUCAAGUCUCCAAUUGACGGAGUGAUUCAACGCAUCAUGUUUAAAGAAGGCGAUCUUGUUGGGGACGGAAAACGACUGAUUGCGUUUGAGGAAACUGCUUCUGAAUAGUAGUUGUGAUGGUUCAAAUAAAUCUGUUUGUUUUUUAUAUCAU